AUGGACGCGGUGGAAACGGCCAGCUGGUGGUGCGACCAUUGGCCGUCGUGGCGGUUCAUCGUGUCCUGUGCCAGCUACAGCAACAGUUCCAGCUCGCUUCUCUGGGGUCCCGAGGUGCUCUGUCGAUUCGAUGAUGGCACUGGUCGAUCGAGCACGGACCAGCUCGAAUCCAGCGACGCACCGACGGUGGAUUUACGCCCGACAAAUGCCACAACCUCGGCUAGUCUGUAUCGGGCUGCGACCGAGUGCUACCAGACGUUCAAGUGUGGUCUCCAUGCGCUUGUGGCCGGUUCCGCGGAUCAACAGGAUGUCGUGCCCGUACCGUGGAAGGAUGCGUGGUACGAGUGUGCCCCGGAACCGGCUGUCUCGCUGGCAAGCUGGCAGAAGUCCUGCGAGGUGAUCGCUACUCACAACGUUACGCUGGUCGCACGGCAAGUCCUUCAACCGGUGUCGGAGUUGAUCGUGCAGUUGCCACGGUUACUGCUGCAGGUGACUGGUGGUUGUUGGAACACCUCCGAGAUACCGCUGUUGGCCAGUGACACCGAUCGGUUACUGCAACGGCCGGUUACUCGCCAACCAACACCUUCAGUGCGACCGGUGACUACGGUGGAGUCGCAACGGCUCGUGUGUGAUAGCGCGACCACGAUCCAGGGUUCGUUCUUCGAGAAUGACGCGUUCGAGCUGGUUGGUGCGUCACUGCUCGAGCCGAUCCAGUGCUGGGUGAGCGUCGAGCUGCAGAAUGCACUCGGUAGUCACUCGUGGUUGAACGGUGUCGAUCACUCGAUGGCCUCUGCUCUGGCUACUGGAUGGAAUCAGACGCAGCUCGCGGAUGAACUGCAGACGAGUGCCCCUGGUGAGCUUGAGAUCCGGUACGAGUGGAGCUUCCUGUUUGUGAUCCUGUUCAUCUUUGCCGGUGGGUUGGGCAACAUUCUCGUCUGCCUGGCGGUGGCGCUCGAUCGGAAGCUACAGAAUGUCACCAACUACUUCCUGCUGUCGCUGGCUAUCGCCGAUCUGCUCGUGAGCUUGUUUGUGAUGCCGCUUGGAGCCAUUCCCGGGUUUCUGGGAUACUGGCCGUUCGGUGUCACGUGGUGCAACAUCUACGUCACGUGUGAUGUGUUGGCUUGCUCGGCUAGCAUCCUGCACAUGUGCUUCAUCAGCCUCGGACGGUACCUGGGCAUCCGGAAUCCGCUUGGAACGCGUCAUCACUCGACCAAGCGGCUGACCAGCAUCAAGAUCGCGCUCGUGUGGCUCCUAGCGAUGCUCGUUUCGAGCUCCAUCACCGUGCUAGGCAUGAUCAACCAGAACAACAUCAUGCCCGGUCCGAACGAGUGUGUGAUCAACAACCGGGCGUUCUUUGUGUUUGGCUCGCUGGUCGCCUUCUACAUCCCGAUGGUGAUGAUGGUCGUCACGUACGCGCUCACCGUGCAGCUGUUGCGCAAAAAGGCUCGCUUUCUCGAGCAACACCCGGAGGGUGAGCUGUUCCGAAGACUCGGUGGCCGGUUGGCGUCCUCGAAGCACUCGAACAACUCGCAAAGUGACGGUUCCUCGACGUCGAACAAAGCGGUCGAGAUGAAGAAGUUCACCGUCACCGGGAACACCGGUAGCAGCAAGCAGUCGGCGUUCGCGCAACACGACUCAUCGCCACCAUCUUCGCUGCCGUCGGUGACUGGGACGCAUCCUUCUUUGCCCUGGCGUUGGCAUGGCAACACGCCAGGUGCCGGCAAAAUGGACAGAAUGAGCUCAAUCAAGGGCAGCAUAUCGCACCCGCACCUCGGUUACACGAACGGUGGCAGUCGGACGCUGGGCGGCGGCAAACGAUCACGCACCGUCUGCGACCAGGGCACGCAGACACCGGACAGCAUCGAGCGGGAAACGCGCCGGCAAAAGUUCUGCUCCUUCCGGAUCCACCUGAACAGCGUGCCGACGCCGGCGAUCAACUUCAACCUGAAGUUUCUCGGCAGCAAGAAGCGCACCAAUCUGUCGGCGAAUGCGGUCGCCACCGAGCAGAAGGCCACAAAGGUCCUGGGGCUGGUGUUUUUCACGUUCGUCUUCUGCUGGGCGCCCUUCUUCGUGCUGAACAUCAUCUUUGCCGCGUGUCCCGAGGCAAAAGUGCCGGAACGGAUCGUCAGCAUCUGCCUCUGGCUGGGUUACGUGUCGUCCACGAUCAACCCCAUCAUCUACACGAUCUUCAACAAAACGUUCCGAGCGGCGUUCAUCCGGUUGUUGCGCUGCCGUUGCGAACGCUCGGGACGACCUCCAAGGUACCGCUCGGUGACGGAUAGCCGUGGUGCGAUCAGCCUCUGCACACCGUCGGCUCUACCGUUGGCCAUCUCGCUGCAAGGAUCGUCACUGCUGACGCCGUCGACGACGCAGGCGACGCCAUUGAACGACUUCCGGGGUAGCUACGAAAUCACGGACGACGACUGCUGAAGCCACCAUGGUUAGGUGAUGCUGUAAGCGUUCCGUUUUUCGAUCUCACGCUGCCGGCCGAGUCUCUACUCAUGCGGUUCCUCCUAGCGUAGCGUAAUCUCGUACAAAAAGCACGCGCACGAUCGCCUGCUUCCCAGCGCGCAAUGGGGAACUGUUCGUUAAUCCUACCGAUGGCAGCGGUGCCGCGCUGCCACGUUAUUGUAAUGAUGUAUGUUGUAGUCCGUAGCUGUUCCGAUGCACCCUCCGGUGGCGGAGAUUUAGAGUAAGCCAGAACAGAAAAUGACAGUAUUUUGUAAGACAAUUUCGAGCGGUUAGCGUUGUUGGAACUGUGCACAACCUUAAAUGUGAUUUUAUAUCUAUAUAUGUAUA